AUGACCAGCGCUAUGGUCGGGUGCGCUAUCGUGGGGCACUGGGGGGAGGAGAGUGGGAAGAGAGGAGGGGGAGUGGGGCAGGCAAUGCAGCUCCCCACCAUAGCGCUGGUCAUGGGGCCCAAGGGCCUCAUCAGCCGUCUCCUCGCAUCUAGAUUCAAUGACGUCAGUCCUGCGGAUCUUCGCCCGACCAUAGCGUUGGUCAUGGGUCUCAAGGGUCUCAUCAGCCGCCUCCUCGCACCCAAAUUCAUCGGCGUCUGUCCUGCAUUCGCGCUGGACAUUGGGCCCAAGGGCCUCAUCAGCCGUCUCCUCGCACCCAAAUUCAGUAAUGCACAGCGCGCUGCUCGUAGCGGCACUACGAACGAUGGUGGGGUGGAGAAUGCUACGGCUUCAUCUCAUCCUUCCGCGCCUCCUUUGCCCGUCGGGGGUGGUGGUGAUGGCGAAGGCAUACUCUCUACUUCUUCCGUGCCUACUCUGCCCGUCGGGGGUGGUGGUGAUGUCGAAGGCAUACCCUCUACUCCUUCCGUGCCUCCUUUGCCUGCGGGGGGUGGACAUCAUGCAAACGGCACCAUGUCAUUGCCUACAGCGUCACCGAGCACGAUGAAUGGCAUGCCAGAGGACAGGUGA